AUGAUUUCAACAAUGUAUUCUCAACAACAGAUGGCUCCAAUGCCUCAACAACAAAAACCAACUAUUCAAAAAUUACUUGAUGAUAAUUCUCAAUUAAUAUCAUUAAUACUUGAUUUACAAUCUAAAGGACGACAAAUGGAAAGUAUUGAAUAUCAACGAACAUUACAUCGAAAUUUAACUUAUUUAACACAAUUUGAUGUUACACAAACACAUCAUCCAAAUAGUUUACCUCCACCCGAUGCAUUCAUUCAAACACAACAAACAAUGAUGGGAAAUAAUAUGAUGCAACCGAAUCAAAUGGGUGUACCAACAUCAACUCCUGAACAAAUGUAUCGAGCACAAACAAAUAGUCCAGCUCCAUCGAAUGUUCCUUCAUCAACAUUAAAUAAAAGUCCACAUGGUAGUAGUAGUAGUAAUAGUGCUGGUGGUCUUUAUCCUCCAUCAAAUACAUCAACAACUAAUUCAUCUAUGCCUCCAUCACUUCAACAACAACGAUCACCAGCUGGUUCAAUUCCGUCACCAUCACCAUCUGGUCCAAUAACAUCAUCUAUUUCACCUCAAAAUCCCGUUAUGAAUAAAGCACCAACACCACAACCAACAUCAAGUCAUUUAUCUUCAAUGUCUCAACAACAACAACAACCAAGACCUUAUUUACCAUCACAACCAAUGAUGCAACAACAACAAGGUAGAGUUAUGAAUGGUACUCCAAUGGAUCAUUCAUCAACUGGACAAACACAAUCUUCAUAUAUUCAAGGUCAACAAUCAUAUAUACCUCAACAACAACAACAACAACAUGCAUAUACAUUACAACAAAAUGGUUAUGGACAUCAUCCAAAUGGUGGUAUGCCUCAACAACAUUAUUCAAUGUAUCAUCAACAACAAAAUCCAGGCAUGUCUGUUCCUUCAAAUCAAAUAGCUAAACCAAAUUCUCCAUUAAAUAAUCAACAACAAUCAAUUAUUCAAGCUCCAUCAUCACCUAAACCAUCAUCAUCAAGUUCACCUUCUCAAGCAACAAAUACACAAAAUCUUGUUUCAAAUCAACAACAACAACAAAUGGCAUAUAAUAACUAUGCUGGACAACAACAAAUGUAUCAUCCACAACAAACUUAUCAUAUGCAACAACAACAACAACAAUGGCAAAAUCAACCACCACGAAUGAUGAUGCAACCUCAAUAUACACCUUAUCAACAAGGACAAUAUCAACAAACACCACCUCAAACUUAA